AUGGAUAAAAUUGUAAUAUGGCAGGAUCAUGCUGGGCAUUCGCGGCGGUGGCGGCGAUCGAAGGCAUGAACAAGAUUAGGACAGGGGAGCUGGUGUCGCUGUCCGAGCAGGUACUCGUGGAUUGCGACACACGGAGCGGCGGCUGCGGCGGCGGCCACUCAGACUCGGCUAUGGCCCUUGUGGCCGCACGUGGUGGCAUCACGUCGGAGGAGAGGUACCCAUACGCCGGAUUCCAGGGAAAGUGCGACAUGGACAAGCUCCUCUUCGACCAACAGGCGUCCCUCAAGGGCUUCAAGGCCGUGCCACCCAACAACGAAGGUCAGCUGGCGAUUGCCGUGGCCAUGCAGCCCGUGACGGUCUACAUUGACGCCAGCGGUUUUCAGUUCCAGUUCUACUCCGGCGGCAUCUACCGUGGCCCCUGCUCCGCCAAUGUGAACCACGCCGUCACCAUCGUCGGCUACUGCGAGGGUCCUGGCGAGGGAAACAAGUACUGGAUUGCCAAGAACUCAUGGAGCAACGACUGGGGUGAACAAGGAUAUGUCUACCUCGCAAAGGACGUGCCCUCGUCCACGGGCACAUGUGGCCUGGCCACCUCGCCCUUCUACCCCACGGCUUGACCACAGGCAGCACUAUGUGUGAUAUCUAAGGAAUUGCUUCCGUUUCGUUGUGAUAAUGCUAAAUUACUAUUUUUGUUAUACUUCCCUUUAAUUUGAUCAAUAAUCGGUAGACCGUGCGUGCGAUAGCAUGGCCUGAGUGUAAUAAAUCGUCGUGUGAAUUACACUUUCUACAAGUUAAUUGUACAUUUGUGACACAUAUUUACCGAUUUAACGGAUGCCGUGUCGAAAUAUCCCAUCUAAAAAA